UGUUAUGUACAGUUCGAAAAGCCAAAUGCUUGCAACGUGUAGCUGGGUACAUCUUUUAGAACCAGCACUAGUUGUACAAAACAAAUAAUGGAAAAGCGCCAAGAGGCAUUGUGGGAGGCACUUGCUAAGAAUGGGGAAGAAGCAACACGCUGGAAGAAUUACAAAGACGAAAAUGGUACAGCAGUUGAAAACCUAGAUAGAUUUAGUAAAAAUCUCACUGUAGAUGUAAUGGUACCAAUAGGACGUAAGGCAUAUAUGCCUGGUCAGCUUAUCCAUACAAAUGAAGUGCUUGUAGGGCACUAUCAAAACUAUUUCUCUAAAUGUUCCGCACAUAAGGCAAAAGAAAUUGGUGAAUACCGGAUUAAAAUGGCACAGGAAAACUUGGAAAAAUUGCAAAAUGAAUCAAAUUUAUGGAAGAAUAAGUUGGAUAAACCAUAUACCGAAGGAGUGUUUCCAAGCAAAGAAGAUUAUGAAAUAAUUGAAAAUUAUGAUGAGGAAAAGGAAAUGAUAUGGCGAGAACAACAUAAUGUACGCGUAAAGCUAGCUAAAGAACGAGAGAAAGAAGAAAGGCAAUCGAAUAUUUCAAAAGUUCCAAAUGAGAAUAAUAUAAAAGAUUCGUCCGACAUAAACGUUUUUAAAAUACUUGAAGAGGCUGAACUUAWGGAGGAAUUAGAGAAUGAAUUGGAAAGAUUAGAAAUAGAUGAUAUCAGUAAUGACACUAUAAAGGAGUUAAUGAACGGGRAAAUGAAGUUACCAUCGGAAAAACCACGUGUAGCUCAUUUGGCGAAAAUUCAGGAACAAACCGAAACACAAGCAAAUUGCGAAAAAUCUGACAUUAAUAUUGAGAAAGAUCUUCAGCGGAUUGUAAAGAAGACUAUAGUCCGAACAAAUAACUAUAAUCGACCAAAUCCAGAGAUGAUCGAGUCAAGCAUAAAUACCGAAGAUUUAGAUGUUGAUUUUGGGGAACUACCUCAAGAGGUACAAAUUAUCAAAGAACAGGAAAAAAAUUUGCCUGYCUUAGAUCAGAUUAAAAUACUGCGUCACAAAAUUUUGACAUUACCACUGCAUACUCAAGACGUUAUCGAUACUUUAGUGACUUUAGAGGCAUUAGAAAGAUUACUUGGAUUGGCUGAGGAUAAUGCUGAAUAUCAAGCAGAAGAUGACAUUUCCAAAGAAAGUGAUAUAGAGCUGGAAGAAAUAUCAGCUACAAAACAGAACACAAACGAGGAAAAACCAACCAAACGGCGAAUUUCUUUUGCUCUACAAAACGAGACACUCGAAUUUCGCAAAAACGAGACUAUUUCGCAAAUGUUACCCAAAUCGCAACAAAAGCUAAAGGAAGUAAUUAAGCAUGAUAAAUAUGAAUUAAACCCUAAUAUUUCUAAAACUAAAACUGAUACAAAAAUAAAAGAUCGUAAAAAAAAUAUUAUUGAUAGAGUGGAACAAAAUAUAAGAUUUAUUGCAGAUAAUCAAAGCACUCGAGAUUUUCAAUUGGUUGAUAAAAUUUUGGAACCAUCUUUAGCUGGUGUUUAUACCUUGCACAUACAUUUCCAACAUUCCGAAAACUUGCAAAACGAAACAAUAUUAAAUAGUGAAAAUUCUGAAAUCACCACAAUCCCUAGCACACCCGCCGACUUWUACCAAACAUAUCUAAAAAAUAAAGAAAAACAAAGUGAGGAUAAACACAAAUCUACUACACAGCAGAUAAUUUUUGCUAACGCUUAUAAUGGUGAGGACAAAGUUAAAGUACCUCUAUUAAAAGAAGCAGAUCGGUUACAGUCUUACCAGGAUCAACGUAUGGAGUUCAGCAAGCCUACUACGGAGAACAAGUCAAUUUUAAGAAAUAAAUCUGCAGUCGAAAGAGAGCAACAUAAAUUGAAUCGUAAAAACAGAGCCAAAUCUAAUAACAAAGAAUCGAAAAAGAAAACGGCAAUUCCAGUUGAUGAAGAUGAAUACAUGAGUGCUUAUUACAAGGUAAUGAACGAAGUUAUUGAAAAGCCUCUAACUGAACCGGAACCUCUCCCGGAAUGUAAAUACAUUGAUGCGCAUACCCCCAAAAAACGAAUAAGUCGCUUCAAACAAAAUCGCGGAGUAACAGAAAAAAUUUAAUAAACAUAUUCAAUUUAAAUAAAUAACUGUAAGUUGUAAAAUUUA